AUGCCUCCUUGCCCUUAUUUCUUACUUGGAACAGAGUACAAGGCUUUCAUGGAGCUUUUACAUUUUAUGUACAGUGGCAAGUUCACAUCAACUGAGCCCACUCUGUUGGUUGAUAUCCUGAUGGCUGCUGACAAAUUUGAGGUUGUCUCUUGCAUGAAGCUUUGCGGUCAGCAGCUCAUAGACCUGCCUAUGACCCCAGAAUUGGCAGUGAGGUGCCUAGAUCUCCCAUGUUCCAUUUCAGUUGCAACUGACCUGAUAGAGGCAGCCAAGAAAUUCCUUGCAAACAGAUACAAGAAUUUCCUGUCAACAAAGUUUCAGGAUGAACUUAUGAGAAUCCCUCUCCCUGGGAUUGUGGCCAUCUUAUCAAGGAAUCACCCUGGUGUUGCAUCUGAAGAAUCCGUCUAUGACUUCGUUCUUAGGUGGGCCCACUUCCAGUACCCAAAUUUAGAAAGAAGACACAAGAUUUUGAGUUCAAGUUUACUUCCGCUGGUGCCACUAGUGCGUAAUAUGACCAAUGCCAUCCUAAUUGAUCAGCCUUCUUGUAUAAUGAACUUUACCCAUCAGGAUUGA